GCCCCACCCAUGGAUGUUUGGGACCUGGACAAUUCGCAGCCGGUUCCAGACAAAUGGGCGUUGACGAAUUUCCUCUCUCCAUUGGUCUUGCCCGCCGACAUCUUCGAUCUCAGGCAUUUCCAGUGCGCUGGCCUCGCUGAUUUCUUCCUCCACCGCGACGCCAACGACGCGGUACCCGAGGUGCCCGACGUGGAGCCAGCGCAUCCGGCCAUGCAGCCGGCGCCCAUUCUCUACUCGCUGAAGGUGCUGCUGAUGUCUUUGAAGCGGGUACCCAAUGAAUUUGAAGACGAAUCAAUUAGACGACAUUUGCUGGGACGCUUCGGCUUGGCUCUACCUGUCCACCGCAUUGCGGCCUUCGUGGCCUUGGCUCAGACCUUGCUGGCCGUUGAUGUGGGAACGCCUGGAAUCGACCGGGACGGGAGUGGUGGCCUGCAAAGCGCGCAGUGGCGUGAGCAAGUGGAGAUCGUGAUUCCAAAGAAAUACCUGGCAUAUCACACGGCCUUUUGCCCCAGCAUCAGCCCAAGUUUGACGAUGAGAUGCCCAAAAUGGCCGUUGGCUGUUUUCAGAUACGCCGCCGCCGUGGUGGGUGGCUACCUGACGCUGGAGGCGGCCUUGCAAAUCGUGGCGGCGCGGGCCAAGUCGACCGAAGACUUGGCCGAAGAGGGGGCCAUGUUGUCGGUGGCUGACUGGACCGCUGAGGAGUUGGAAGCGGUGGCAACUGGUCAGCGGAAGGGUCUUUGGUUGGCCGCUGCAGCUCGGCGUUCGUUUAAGCAACACAUGGGGGAUGACUUGGGGAUUAUGAAACUGGGCUAUACUGGGCUUACCACAUAG